UAUCCUGGUUUAAUAACGUCGUUUCUGUUGUGUUGGAUGAGGCUAAUAUCCUGGUUUAAUAACGUCGUUUCUGUUGUGUUGGAUGAGGCUAAUAUCCUGGUUUAAUAACGUCGUUUCUGUUGUGUUGGAUGAGGCUAAUAUCCUGGUUUAAUAACGUCGUUUCUGUUGUGUUGGAUGAGGCAGGUGAACUCCCACGAGCGUUACGGCAGCAGCACGCGCUGUCAGUUGAAACAGGGGUCGGCUAAUGGUUCAUUUGCUGCUAAAAUGGACGACCAAUACUCGUUUAAUAAUAUUGACAACCUGCUUUUCCAGUGUGCUCUUCAAACUCGGGAGCUUACCCAGAAGAAGAAUGAAUUAAAUCAACAAAUAAAAGUUUUCAGAGAUGACAUUGCUGAGAGGAAAUCUUACAUCCAAACAAUUCAAAGCAAAACCCAAAAACUUGAAGAAAAAAUCAUGGCAUUGCAGAGCACUCUGAUGCACAAUAAAGCAUGUGCUAAAAGCAUUAAGACUACUAACAGCCUGCUUGGCCAGUAUGAGCAAUCGCUCAAAGAAGAACUGGCGAGCAGAAAAGUCAGCUACGACAAUGACACGAAAGUCUUUGAAGAGAAAAUUGCAGACUGUAAGAAGAAAUUUCAGUCCUAUAAAGACUUCUAUUGCCAAAGUCCUCUUGCACAAAAGCUCCUGGCGCUGCAGGCUGAAAAUGAGGAGAUUGAGUCUAGGAUCAAGGCUUGUGAUGACCAGAUAUCAGUAAAACAGAAAGAGCUGGACAAUCUCAGGGGUCCAGGUGCACAUUCUUCUGCUGCUGAGAAUCUGUCAGACAGUACGCCAGAACAGCAGCCUUUACCACUACCAGAGAAACAACCGUAUCCUCAGACAGAAGAAGACAGUGGACCUUCCAUUGAUAUCUCCUCUCUUCAUCUUAACCAAACUAAAGAUGAUGAGAAUACAUCUGUGGACGCGAAUGAUGAAGAAAUAUUUGAGGAACGCAAGGUCCAGGAUACCCCCACCCACAGCUUUGUCCCAGAAGAGGAAACCACAAGGGUGCUGUCAAGACAACAGCUGAAAGAACAAAGAUGGCCAGAUGAGAAGCACACUGAGGAGAAAACCCAGGAAACUGGACCUGAGGACCAAGUUAUGGAGAGCGAGUCCGCUGUAUCAGACAAAGAGGAUGCAGAGAUGGAGGCAGGAGAUGCUAGAGAGAGUGUGAAGUCACCAAGCCAAGAGAACGAGGGACCCGCUGCUUCAUCUCAGUUAUCAACUCAACAAACUAAUCCUCAGUCGUCCCCAGCGACAGUGAAAAUGACACCAGCAACUCCAAAUUUCUCAUUUAACUUUAGCCCUGCUAGCUCCCCACAUCAUGGGACCUCUGACACCAAAUCUCCACCUUUCCUGUUCUCUUUGAAUGCUGAUCCCAGCACCCCAGGGUUCACUGGAUUUGGAUUUGAUGCAGGCUCAUCACAAGAUGAGGACUCAUCUUUUGCUUUCACUGAACCCAUUUUCAAUGAGAAGAAAACAUCCGAACCCAAGGCUUCAGACAGUUCUGAUUUCCUGUUUGGCCAACAAGACCAAAGUGAAGACUUCCAGUUUGCUUUCAGUGCAAAGAGCCCUGGGCCAACUAAAAAAGAUAGCACAGCAGAUGAGUUCCCAUUUUCAUUCAACUUUUGAGAGUUGAGAAAAUAUUUCAAAGGGGACAUAGUGUUACAAAAAGAAUAUUUUCUCACAUAUAUUUGGGUAUCUGGAGUGUCUACCAUAGAAGUCAUCUCACAACUAUGGAAGCACACAGCUAUCCUUAUGUCAGCACAGCCACAGGAAGAGAAAGGAGGGGUGAGGAGGAGCUCGUUUGCAUUUAAAGAGACAUUAAAACAGUGUUCUGAGAGAGGCUGGUUUACACAGGGCUAAAAACCUCUGGUCCUCGAUCCAUGUUAAAACAGCACAUGCAUUCUAGUUAGACCUCAGAGGAGUGUGUUAAAGGUAGAAAAGGGGGUUGAUAUGUCACCUUUCAAUGAUAAGUUGUUCUUCAGUUCUGUACUGAGUGUAUCUGGUUAUGUUUUUCAUACAGUGUUAAGGCUGUGAGUAUUAAAAACCAUUAUAAAAUGUAUUUAACAGUUAAAUAAUUAGUUAAUAAUUAGAUAAAUUAAUAUAGUAAUAAAAAGUAAUAAUUAAUUAUUAGUUAGAAAUACUUGUGAUGAUUCCCAAGUGGAACUUUUCAUAAAAUAUAUUUGAAGAUUUCCCUGGUACUCUUAGAAUUCACAUGCCUGUUAAUUUUAAGCUUGAUUUCUUAUUUUAAAAUAUUUACAUUAAAAUGGUCAAAUAUAUUUAACAUUUCUGCUGAAUAAAAUGUUGCUGUUAA